UUCCGGUUCAGAGGUCACCAGGGGUCCUCACAGCGCGGAUCACUGAAACCGACCGGCGGCGUCAGAAACUGAUUAUUUCUCCUCUUUACAACACUGAGAUCAGAUCUAAACAUGUCUGGAAGAGAAGGAGGCAAGAAGAAACCACUGAAGGCUCCCAAGAAGGCGUCCAAGGAGAUGGAUGACGAUGAGAUUGCCUUCAAGCAGAAGCAGAAGGAGGAACAGAAGGCUCUGGACGCGUUGAAAGCUAAAGCUGCAGGGAAAGGACCUUUAGGCGGCAGCGGCAUGAAGAAAUCUGGGAAGAAGUAAGACGUGACCCUGACGCCGUGUUGAUCGCUCCUCGCUUCCUGUCUGAGACGUUUGUUUGCUGCUCUGAAGAAGAAUCCAGUUUGUUUAUUUGCUGUUAGACAAGAACCCAAAAACCCAAAACCUGCCCUGGUGUUUCUCCCCUCCACCAGAGAAAUGUACAGAAUGAGUUUAAGAACGGACCAGGAGUAUCUGCUGCCAGCCAGGCCCGGUACACGCAUCAUAACCCUCUAAUGGCAUGUUAUAACAGGCUUCACAGUGAUGGUUGUUGUUGUUGACGGGUCACUCAGUCACACUGGCUUUAAUCUCUAGAAGUCCAGUUUACUAAUUCAGUUCUGCAGCUUUAGAAAAGGAAAGAAACAUCCUGAUGUCCACCGUAUUUCAUUUGGUUCCACAUGAGACUAACAGAAACACAAAGUUCCUUUUUCUUCUGGUUUUUGUUGUGUUGUAAAGAGGGAGAUACUAAUAAAGAUUUUGUAAUUA